UACCCGUAAUAUCACAUGACUUCAUCAAGAUGGCAGACGACGAAGCGACCACGACAAAAGUGUUUGGACUCCUCAAUGGCAUUGCAAAGCGAGAUUAUCUUGGGAUAGGAGAUAUAACUGAUGAAUAUAUGAAAGAAGAGCUAUUUGCAGAUCGUUCAGAUGAAGAAUUUACGGCUUUGGUCACCAAAUGCAAGAGCCUGAUCAAGAAUGUUGUCUCUAUUGAUAUGGAUUUCAACCAACUGGAAGCUUUUUUAACUUCACAAAUGAGAAAGAGAGAAGGUGCAAUAUCUCAGGCACAAGCAACAGCUUUCACAAAGUUCUGGAGGAGUAAUAGGUCUAAAAUACAUGAAAAAGUGGUUUCACAGUCAACGUUUGGAAAUACGCUGAAGGAUGUGAGCUGGAGAAUUGAUAUUAAGAGCCAAGCCAAACACAUAGACCAAAUCAACAUGCCAACAGCUAUUGUAGAACUCAAACUGGCAGACAGUAGUCAUUUAAAUAAGGAUCCUGAGCAUCUACGGUUUGAAAUGGAUGAGAAUCAACUCAACCAAGUUAUUGGAAAUUUGGAGGAGAUAGAGAAACAAAUCAUUGCUCACUGUCAGUAGAUGUCAGUCUUGCCAGUUCCUAACAAUAUGAACAUUGUAUUAUUUGAAGACUUAUUUUAUAUGCUUCAACUGUAUCAUGGGUAAUUAUAUGUUUUAUUGAACAAAAUAACAAUGGUAUCAUGUAUAGUCUUACAAUUGAGCAUAAGUGAUUAGUAAGGAGCAUGGAAAUGCCUUGAAUACUUUAUAUUCUAAUCUAAUAAGUUCCAACUAGCUAGUAUUUUAUAUAUAUAUAAAAUAUGAAAUUCAGUUUUUAUUCAGGAGUGAAGCAGUAUAAUAAACCAAGGCAUGAGCCAUGAACCAACUUUCAGCCUUUGUAAAUCUGGUCAUUUUGUAAAUUGCAACAGGACUGCAUUUACCCUAGAAUGCUACAAAUCUGAGCAAAUGCAUUAAAGGUAAAGACCCGUUUUGGAAAC